GUCAGUGUGUGUUGGUCUCACAUGCUGCUCAGAGCUGGCUGGACUGAGUAUUGACAGAUAUGGAGCUGGGGCUGCAGGGCAGGUUGUGGACCGCAGAUGAGAUUGCCGCUCUGAGUUAUGAACAUUACCGGACACGGUUACCCAAACAGGGACUCCCAAAUCCAAGCCGGGAGUGGACCCUAAUGGCUGCUUUUAUACAGGUGGAAUCUGGGCAGGAUCAAAGUGUGACUAGGAAAAAGGUGGUCUCUAUGGGAACCGGAACUAAAUGUGUUGGCCAAUCAAAGUUAAGCAAAACAGGUGAUAUCUUGCAAGACAGUCAUGCAGAGAUAAUUGCGAAGAGGAGCUUUCAGAGGUAUCUCCAGCACCAGCUGUCACUGGCGGUCACUAAAGGCCAGGAGGAUUCGGCGUUUAUACCAAGUACCGACAAGGGGAAAUGGAAACUAAAACCAGAGAUAUCUUAUGUAUUUUUCACUAGCCACACUCCGUGUGGCGACGCAUCUAUUAUACCUGUGAUCUCCCAGGAGGAUCAGCUAAUUCCGACGCUAAUGUCUGAGAUUUGUAAGAAGGCACCUGCUGACCAUGUGAGUGUAUGUGAUGAUCUGAUACGCAAGAGGAAAAAGAGUGGGGAAGACUCUUGUAGCACAAAGAAGAAGAUAAAAACGGAUGAUGGAGGGUCUGUGGAUGGGGAGGUGAUCAUCCCUGUUCAUAAGGAUUCGGGUUCAGUGGAUUUAUACAGGACUGGAGCAAAGUGUGUUCCUGGAGAACCCCAAGACAGUCAUAAACCAGGAGUCGAUUAUCAUUGUGUGGGGGCUCUUCGUGUCAAGCCGGGUCGCGGCGAUCGCUCUUGGUCCAUGUCCUGCAGUGAUAAAAUUGCGCGUUGGAACAUAUUGGGCUGCCAGGGAGCCCUGCUCAUGCACUGCUUACAGGAUCCUAUCUACCUGUCUGCUAUUGUGGUUGGAAAAUGUCCGUACAGCACGGAAGCUAUGGAGAGAGCUCUUCACAUCAGGUGCCAGAAGGUGACUUCCCUUCCAGAUGGGUUCAGGACACACACAGUGGAUAUCACGCAGUCCAGCCUACAGUUCCAUCAUGGAAAGGAUGCCCUGACUGAAAAAAACAAUACCAAAAAACUUUUUCCUUGUGGUGCAGCUGUUAGUUGGAGCGCAGUACCACUUCAACCACUAGAUGUCACUGCUAAUGGCUACAGACAAGGAACAACCAAAAAAGCAAUUGGAAGCCCGCAAUCCAGAUCUCGGAUCUGUAAAGCCGAAUUAUUUCAGUUGUUCCGUAGGAUUGUGCGGUCCUUGUCAUCCGAGCAGCUUCCGGACUCUCUCAGGGGCAGAGAUUUGAAGACCUACUGGGAUUACAAAGAGGCAGCUAUCGCCUACCAGGAAGCAUGGAAGCAGUUACGCGAACAAGCAUUUACAUCGUGGGUCAGAACGUCACGCGAUUACCUACAGUUUACUGGAGAGCAGCUCUUGACAGACACUCCAUCUUAAUAUAUUAUUAAAUUCCACUGAUAC